AUCGCUCCGGGGCGGUCGGCAGUCGCCUUGCCACUGCCAGAUCGACUCGCAGCACUGGAGCCGGCCAACAAGGACUGAACCGCACUGCGUCUUCAUCGACCUCGGCGCAGGGUCCGGCGCGGAUUUGCAGGCCUGGGCUGAAGGGAAGUUCGGCCCUGUGGCCAAUUGCCCCAGCGGCAAGUGGGAGGCCAUCCUCGUCGAGGCCAAUCCGAUCUUGACAGAGACUCUCAACGGUGUGGCGCAGAAGUAUGCGGGCAAGGUGCAGGUGAACGCAUCCCGGGCAGCGUACAUGUGUGAGGCAAAGACAGCCUUCUACAUCAACACAAACGAGCAGCAGCUGAAGAAGUCGUCUUCUGUGUCUGCCGGCUUUCAGGAGGCUUCUGUGCUCGGCACCGAGCUGUCGAAAGUCGAGGUUGACACAGUGAAUGUGAAUCGCCUGCUCACGGAGAACACGAUUCCAGGGGACUGGGUCAUGAUGAAGAUGGACGUUGAGGGAGCUGAGUUCGACAUCAUUCCAUGCAUGGCCGAGUCACCGGCGGGCAGUUUGGUUGACAGGCUCUACGUGGAACAGCAUGAUCCAGGCUGGGGCCUGGAGGGCGCCACCCCUUCGGCGAUGCAGACUGCACUGACAGGUCUCAGGACACGUGGUGUCGACAUUCCCGCCUUCUCGCCUGUGUGA